AUGGAAUACCUAACCACCAGCGCCUUCCUUAGCCCCCCACCUCUCAACUCCAGACUCAGCAAAGCAAUCCUCGCAUCGCCCUCCCCCUUCUCAUCCCCACCCACGCCCUCAGACCUCUCACCCCACACCCAAAAAGAAGACGCCGUGAACCAGUUAAAAGAAGCAAACCAAAUCGUCAUCCCAGCCUGGUUCACCACGUUCUUCAACACAGGCAUCUACUCCGUCGUAGCCCUAAACACGCUUACUUUGUCUUUCUCGCUUGCAAAUAUUUAUCUCCUCCGUCCUUCUUUUACGACAAGGGGAAGCAUAGGGAGGCGCUGGUACGCAAUUGGUGCGGUAGCGACGGCAGCGCAUUAUGCGUUCGUGCCGCUUGUGGGGAGGAGUGUGAGGGCUUUGGUGGGGUUGUGCAAUGGGGAGGAGGGAGAGGGGAGGGCGGAGGAGUGGUUGACGGAGUGGAGGGGGUGGCAUGGGGUUAGGAUGGGGAGUGUGGAUUUGGUUGGUUGGGGGUGUUUUGUUGUUGGUGUUGUG